UUUACAUUAGAGAUAUUUCAUUCUUCCAGUUGUAUGAACAAUGCCAAUUGUAUGAGCCUUCCUGAAAUGAAGGCUUUUAUGUAACCUAUUUUUGAAAGCCUUUAAACAGGAAGUGGGUGGUUCUCCUAGGGGUGGGUGGUUCUCCUAGCUGUACUGCUUAUCUUCCUGCCGCAUAUGUUAAAUGUUCUUCGAGGUUUCCAGUUUUAACUUCCCAGUGCACAAUUAGCAGCGUUGAGCUGUUGGACGUUUUCUCCUUAUUUUUUAUUUUUAAAAAAAAAAUAAAAAAUCAAAACGAAAUAAUUCUUCCAAGGAUGCCAAAAGGGGAGAUGAGAAAACCCCUACUGGGAGACUUGAGGGGGCCCAACCAACCGCUCUGUGAUCUGGGCAGCCGUACAGUGGGUAUUCUGGGCUCAGGAGACUUUUCACGCUCACUGGCAUGGCGGUUGGUAGCUUCAGGUGUGCGUGUGGUUGUGGGAAGCCGCAAUCCCAAGCGCAGCACCGGACUCUUUCCAGAGGAGGUGGAGGUUACCUCUCACCAGGAGGCAAGUGCACAGGCCCAUGUUAUAUUCAUAGCCCUCUUCCCUGAGCAUUACUCUACACUGGUCUCCCUGAAGGGGGUCCUUGCAGGCAAGGUGCUGGUAGAUGUCAGCAACAGUUUGAAGCUGAACCAUGAUAGGCCUUCAAAUGCCGAGCUGUUGGCCACCGUCUUACCAGAGAGCACAGUGGUCAAGGGCUUUAAUGUAGUAUCUGCCUGGGCCUUGCUCAACAGACCACAUGACGGCAACAAACAGGUCUUGAUCUGCAGUGACAGUUGUGAGGCCAAAAACACAGUGAUAAUUUUGGCCCGAACGAUGGGCUUCAUUCCUGUGGAUAUGGGCUGCCUUUCAUCCGCCCGGGAUAUUGAGAAUGCGCCCCUCCGCCUCUUCCCCUCGUGGAGUACCCCUGUCCUCUGCUGGAUUGGGCUCUUCUCUUUCUUUUACACUUACAACUUUGUCCGCAGUGUUCUGUUGCCUUAUGUCGUCAAAGGCCAAAAUGUCUUCUAUAAGCUGCCAGUGGAAACUGUCAAUAAGACAUUUCCUUCAGUGUCCCUGGUGAUGCUGGGCUUAGUAUAUCUUCCAGGCCUCCUGGCUUCUGUCCAGCAGCUGCGACGGGGCACCAAGUACCAGCAGUUCCCUGGCUGGCUAGAUCGCUGGCUGUGUAUGCGCAAACAACUUGGAUUGCUCAGCUUCUUCUCUGCAGCCUUGCAUGCUGUGUAUAGUUUGUGCCUACCCAUGCGCAGGUCUGCUCGUUAUGAGCUGCUUAAUGCUGCCUUCAAGCAGGUGAAGGAGGGGAAGGAGAAUUCCUGGGUAGAAGAGGAAGUGUGGAGGAUGGAGCUGUAUGUCUCUCUAGGCAUCCUGGCACUGGGUUUGCUUUCCCUGCUGGCAGUCACCUCCCUGCCCUCUCUUGGAAACUCACUCAACUGGAGAGAGUUCAGCUUCAUCCAGUCCAAACUAGGAUGCGUAGCCCUUACAGUUGCCAUCCUGCACACCUUGAUGUUUGGCUGGGGUCGCGCCUUCGACAAAACCCAGUACAGGUUCUACCUCCCACCCACCUUUGUGCUGGUGCUUAUUCUUCCUUGUGUUGUGUUGGUGGCCCGCCUCAGCCUAGCACUGCCCUAUGUCUCUCACCGCCUGGAAAGGAUUCGUAGGGGCUGGGAGGUGGGCCCCUGGGUGCACUUUCAGCAACAGGAGUGCCACUCCAGCCUAGAAGGUGUGAGCACUGUGUGACACUUGCCCUUUUAAACCAGGAUGUAGAAUCACCAGCAUUUAUACAUACACGUUUUUGGAAAUUUAAAGUUACAUAUGGUAUUAUAGGGUAAUUUUUAUAGCAAGCCCUGCACAGCCAUUCUGUUAAACCAGCUUUGUCUUUCUCCUUUGGUGUCUGAUUUUCUUUAUGCCCAAAAUGAAAGUGCCUUUGUCAGACACCUAUUCUGCUGUCUGUUUUACUGCCAGGGUUAUUGUCUUUGAAACCUAGUCAAAACAACAACCAAAAUUAUGAAAAGCUGUUGUGAUAUGUAGUUAGAUGGUAUUACUCCUUUCUAAAAGUUGCACUAUACAACUUUACAUGAACCGCCAAUUGAAUAUAAGAUGAAAUGUAGUUAUCAAUUUUGUUACAUUCAAUUUUCAUGCAUUAAAUAUGACUUGUGGUUUACGGAAUUGUGACAUGGACAACUCUGCAGUGCUUCUACUUAAAAAAACUACCUCCUUUGUUUCACUAUCCAAAUCCACACCGUCUUUAAAGGCAAUAAUAAACCAACAGACGGAGAUGAUUAAAUAUUUUUACUGUACAUGAAAAAGUCUGGAAAAAAUAUAUGUUCAAAAAUAAUCUCCGAA